GCGUUCCACGACUCUGCUGACCACAGCAGGUUUUUGCUUAAAAACGACCACAAGAUUGUGUGCCGACCCUGCACUGACAAAGAAGGGAUUGGAUGAGUGACAAUCUUUCGAUGUUCGCGGGAGUACAAGUCCGCUGUCGUAUUGCAGGCAUAUAAAGGGCCAUGUCCCAGCGACUUCCCCUGCGUAUCGUUUGUCUGCGGGACAGGGCCUUGAACUGGACCUCAUCUAUACCCAUCAUGAUUCAUCGCUUCCUCAUAGCUCUCUUUUUAACGGUGUCUGUCCUCUGGGUCAACACUCUGGCCUCGCCCAUCCUUGAACGCCGCGACAAGGCCUCUCAGCUCGCCGCUUGGAGCCAGCCCACAACGGAAAGCUACAAUUCAUGGGCAAAGGCCCACGACAACCAAUCCUCGGCCCCCGAGUUCAACUGGCAAACAGACUAUUGCUCCAAAUCCCCAGAUCAGCCGUUUGGCUAUGACUUUCGCAUGGCUUGCUGGCGCCAUGAUUUCAACUAUAGGAACUAUAAAGCCAUUGGCCAGUUCACCCCCGAGAACAAAGCCAGGAUCGAUAAGGCCUUUUAUGAAGAUAUGAAGAGGGUUUGUGGAAGUAGUUCGACUUGCAAGGCCACUGCUUGGACCUAUUACCAGGCGGUCGUUGCCGCUGGCCUGCAGGCUAGUGCGACACAGUAUCAGUGUUUUCUGUAUGAUAAAAAUGGGCCUCCGUUGAAGAAGUAGUUUACUAGCGGAGGAAGCAAAGUGGGAGUAUGUGUUGUUCGUACAUAAUUAUAAAGUGCAGCAGGUAUGUGUGUAUUGGUUAGAAUAUAAUGUAGUUAUGAUAUCCUCUUGUAUGAGUUUUCAAAUCAAUUAGUUCUCGUCGUGCCUAAUGAUGUGGAUUCACACGCUGGGUACUCAUUCC